GCAAACCAUAGCUACGCUCUCACACAACUUUAAAAAGAAAUGAAAAAGCAGUUCAAGGUAUUGUUAAGAGAUUAUACUUGCUUCCAGUAAUGAUCCACCCACAGUUAUUAAAGACGCUGAUGAGAUUGUGAGAGCUGCAGUUCAUCGUCGCUGCAUUCAGCUGCUGAAGAGAGUUUGCUCCGCAGAAGCAUUUCACAUCAGGCCAGUUUGACACAAUGAGGUUUAUAAUCUCCCUGUGUUUUUUCCUGAUCCUGCUGGUUAAUGGUGAAAUAGUCAGUGGACAAACAUCAGUACCUACAACUUCCAGUUAUGAUCCAUGUUAUAACUAUACCACUCUUGAUGACUAUUGGAGAGACAUGCAGCAAAAUUACUACUAUGGAUAUGAUGACAGCCUUGUUGAAUGGAGUGGCUGGUAUCGUCUGUAUCUGAAUGGAGAAAGUGCCCAGAUGUCUGAGUGGUGUAUCAGUAAUAUGAACUGUGGUGGAUACACUGCACUGUAUCUAAGUGGUUCUCAUCCAACGCUUGAGGAUGGAGUUGUGACCCGUGAAGUUGUAGGAACUACUUCAUGGUGGUGGGGUUAUUCCAAUCAGUGUGGUGCUGACACAUCUACAUCCAUCCAAGUCAAAGCCUGUCCAGGAGAUUACUACGUCUAUGAAUUUGUCAAACCCAUCACAUCAGCCUACAGGCCUACAUACUGUGCAGUGUCUUUCAGCAAUAUCAGCAGUGAUCCCUGCUACAACUAUGAGUCUCUGGAUCGUCCCUGGAGAGCCAACAAUGAAAGUGGAGACUACAUUUGUGAUAACUAUUUCUCCGGCAGCGUCUGGUACCGGUUUUUCUACUAUGGAAUGAACAUCCAGAUGUCAGAGACCUGUAUCAGUUCAUACAGCUGUAACACAUACAAUACUCUUUGGCUCAAUGGUCCUCAUCCUGAGAUUGAGGAUGGAGUGGUGAUCAGAGAAGUCUGUAGUAAUUAUUACUGGAGCGGCUGCUGUUCUUAUAAGACAAUCCCCAUCAGAGUGAAAGCAUGUCCAGGAAACUACUAUGUCUAUGAACUUGUGAAUCCACGGGUCUGGUGUUCAGGAUACUGCACAGAUGUCAGCACCAUUUCAUGGCCAGUUUCCACUGGAAGUCCAGAUAUAAUCACUGGAUCCAGCAUCACAUUGAAUUAUGAUCCAUGCAAUAACUACAACAUAUUAGACAACUACUGGAGAAGCACAUUCAAUUACUGGUCUAUGUAUGGAUUCAUCUCUGAUCAUGAUGACACUCGUGUUGAAUGGGACGGCUGGUAUCGACUCUUCAUUGAUGCAUCGAGUGCUCAGAUGCCCGAGUGGUGUUUUUAUUACAUGUCAUGUGGAGGUUUUAGUUCUCUGUAUCUUGGUGGCUCUCAUCCUCGUCUAGAAGAUGGAGUUGUUACUCGUGAAGUUUUUGGCUCUCGCUAUGAUCAGUGCAGUCGCUACACAUCUGAACCAAUCCAAGUCAAAGCCUGUCCUGGAGAUUAUUAUGUCUACAGAUUCACCAGACCAACUCUUUCCAUCCCAUUACCUGUAUAUUGUGCAGUACCUUUCUCCACCCCAAGUGUUGAUCCCUGCUACAACUACACCAGUCUGGACGAGCCUUGGAGAUCCAAAGACAACUAUUACUAUAAUAACUAUUACUAUAAUAACUAUUACUAUAGUACGUGUGAUUAUAGUGUGGAGUGGAAAGGCUGGUACAGGAUGUUCUAUAACGGUCAAAAUACCCAGAUGCCAGAAUCAUGUGUUAGUUAUGGCAUGUGUGGCACUUCUACACCACUGUCACUCAACGGAUCUCAUCCACAGCUAGAAGAUGGAGUGGUCACCCGUCAGGUCUGUCUCUCCUCAUGGGGGAACUGCUGUGAAUACAAAUCCCACCCUAUACGAGUCAAAGCCUGUCCUGGAAAUUACUAUGUUUAUGAGUUCGUCAAGCCAAUGUUUUGUUCAGCGUACUGUGAGGAUUCCAGAAGCCUUGAUGAGUCACCAUCCACUGACCCCUGUGCUGAACUCAGUUGCACCGAGAAUGAAUGGUGUGGACAGAAAAAUGGCGUCUAUGGCUGUUUGUGCAACGAGAACCAAACCAGACCGGAUUCUUUUGAUUUCUCAGAAAGCUGUGAAAGCAGCUCUGGCUCCAUGUCUGUGUCUCGCUGUCAGCUCUUUGAGGCUGGUUUUUCGGCUGACGUCUUACACCUCAAUGAUCCCAGCUGCAGAGGAACGGUCCGGAAUGGCAGUGUUGAAUUUCAUUUUGAUAACGAUGAACAUGUCUGCGGUACAAAUCUUGCGGCCAACGGCACCCACUUCAUCUAUAGUAACUAUAUUCUGGGGUCACCGAGGUCAGAAGGUCUCAUCAGCAGACAGAAAAUCCUCAAGCUUCCUUUCAGCUGUGUUUAUCCUCAAACACAAUCACUUUCCAUGAAUGUGGAAAUCAACCCACUGGAGAGCGUUGUGCGCAAGACUCUCCCCGCUGGUGAAGGGAGAUAUCAGGUUCGGAUGACUCCAUAUGAGGAUGAUGAGUUUACCCGGCCCUUCACUGGUAGAGUGAAUGCAGAGCUGGACCAGAAGAUGAAUGUGGAAGUUCGUGUUGAGGGGGUGGACAGCCGUCAGUUUGCUCUGGUGAUGGACACGUGUUGGGCUACACCUGUGAAUGAUCCUGAUUACAGUCUCCGCUGGGAUCUCAUCGUUAGAGAGUGUCCGAAUCCAAACGACGACACAGUGGAGCUGCUGCAGAACGGCGUCUCGACAUCCAGUCGUUUCUCCUUCAGGAUGUUCAUCUUCACUGCAAACUCCACCAAACUUUACCUGCACUGCGCUGUUCACCUGUGUCUUCUUUCGAGCAAUAACUGCUCAAAGGACUGUAACUCUGGACACCAGCAGAGAGAGCGCAGGUCUAUGGACUUCCACGACAGUGCUUCCAUAUCCAUGGGUCCUCUGAUGUUGUCUGAAGAAAACAUGGAUAAAUGGGCCCCGGAGCAAGUGAAGGCAUCUGAGGCUUCUUGUCAGUGUGCUUCUGUGAUGGUGUUGCUUAUUCCCCUGAUAAGUGUCCUUGCUCUCUCUUAGCAUUUUUUCCACAAAAAAUGUGCAGGGUUUUCCAUGCAUAUUGUCCUGUUCCAUGUGAAUGAAUGUGGUUCUGAUG